AUCGAGACAUCUCCCACAGGUGAUCAUGAAGGGUUGCCUUCAUCGACUUCUUCACACAACAACAUGCUGUUAGAUGGAUGGAGAAAAUACAGGGAUCAGUCGAGAUCUUGAAAUGCGAGGUGAAGGCUGAUUACAGUUUACGUGUCCUCAAGUGGUCAGAGCAAGCUGUGCAUACCUGGCGGAACUGGGCAACUACUGUCCCCUCAGACACCCUGGUGUUUUGGAACGUCCCACCUUUUUUUGGAGGGAAGGCAAUACGUGGUCAUAUUACACAGUUUGGCUUCAAACCAACUAAUGUAAUAGUGUUGAAGAAUAGGAAGUCUGGUUCAAAUAGAGGAUAUGGCUAUUUGGAAUUUGGAAGUGUUGCUGAAGCAGUUGAAGUCAUGGAUUUUACAAAGGGUGUGCUUGACAUGGACAAAAGGGCAAUACUUGUCACCUACAGCUCUGGUGGUAAAAAGGAUGACAAAUACACAGCAGCUGAACACAGAGGCGAGACUGACAACAAGGAUCAGAUGCAAGGAACAAUGGAUGAUCGAAAUGAUGGCACUAUGUAUAUUUCCAAUGAUCAGAUGCAAGGAGCAAUGGAUGAUCGAAACGAUGGCACUAUGUAUAUUUCCAAUGAUCAGAUGCAAGGAGCAAUGGAUGAUCGAAAUGAUGGCACUAUGUAUAUUUCCAAUCUUCCUGUUGGCAAUACCAUGGGGGAAUGGAACGAGUUGAAGUCAGAUGUCCAAACCAAAACAAUCAUGCUCAGUGGUCUCCCAAGAAUAACAAGACAAGCAGAAGUGUAUCACUUGCUUCAUGGUUUCCAUCACCAAGUCCGGGAUAUGCAGAUAGAGACAUCUCCCACAGGUGAUCAUGAAGGGGUUGCCUUCAUCGACUUCUUCACACAACAACAUGCUGUUAGAUGGAUGGAGAAAACCCAGGGAUCAGUCGAGAUCUUGAAAUGCGAGGUGAAGGCCGAUUACAGCUCACUCGUCCUCCAGUCAGAGCAAGCUGUGCAUACCUGGCAGAAAUGGGCAACUACUGUCCCUACAGACACCCUGGUGUUUUGGAACGUCCCACCUUUUGUUGGAGGGAAUGCAAUACGUUUUCAGAUUACAGAGUCUGGCUUUAAACCAAUUAAAGUAAUUGUUAUGAAGAAUAAUAAGCCUGGUGGGUCUGGUACAAGUAAAGGAUAUGGCUUUAUUGAAUUUGGAAGUGUUGCUGAGGCAGUUGAAUUAAUGGAUUUUACAAAGGGUGUGCUUGACAUGAUAGAAGUGGCAAUACUUGUCACCUACAGCUCUGGUGGUAAAAAGGACGACAAAUACACGGCAGCUGAACACAGAACCGAGACUGACAACAAGGAGCAGGUGCAAGGAGCAAUGGAUGAUCAAAAGGAAGGCAUUGUGUAUGUUUCCAAUCUGGCACCGGAUGUAACCCAACAGAAGAUCAUGGAAGUAUUUCAUCUGGCUGGUGAGGUACGGAAGGUUAAGAAGGAUGUGACAACUGCAACUGUCAGGUUCAAGAAACAUCAAGAUGCUGUACAAGCCAUUUCCAUGUUAAAUGGAAUGAUAGUGCUGGAGAGCAAGAUUGCCGUCAGUGAAGAACAACCCGAAGCUGUCAAAGCACCAGUUGUUCAGAAAACCAAUAUGGACAUAAAUCUGAUACGGACGAAACAAUGCCUAUAUGACCCUUCAGCCGAAAAGUACUACAAGAAAAUGAUGUUGAAGAAAUGUCCUGUAGCUGGCUGUUCAAUAAAGAAGCCUGUAGACUGGAAGAGCCUGGCUAGACACUGGGCAGAGAUACAUACUCCCACCAAGAAAAAGUUCACCUGCCCCAUAAAGGACUGCAGUAUUGGUUUAACCCACACUGAGACACACUUGCGUACACAUCUACAGGCUGAGCAUGAUGUCAAGGGAGACAACUUGGACAAAAAAAUGAAAGGAGCAAAAUUUUAUCUCAUACAAAAUGAAAAAUACAGUGAUCCAGGAAAUGUUGUCCUGCCACAACUGACUCAGGUCAAGGGACUACACAUAAAAAUACCCAAGACCCAAUGCCAGGUGGAAGGCUGUUCUUACACGUACACGACGAUGACGAGGAUGCAGCAACACUGGGCCAAAUACCAUCGUGCAACAGUGAAGCUGUACAGCUGCAGUCUCUGUAAAGGCAGGAUUUUGGGAAAGUCCCUUCUGCAGGAGCAUCUGCACAAGACACACAAUGUCGACUUUGAUGACAGCAAAGCAGAGCUGGUGGAGUGGAAAAACCACAACUUCAUCGACCCAGGGGACGUGAUCCCCUUCUGGAGCCUGUACACCGAGGAAGAUGGGUUGAAUCAUCGUGAGCUGGAGAAGGAGCUGGGGGAGGACUUUCCCCUUGUGGACAUUCCACUAGAUGAGUUGGAGAAGGAUAACCCAAAUUUGUAUGAGUUGUAUGAGUGGACAGAACAGUACAUCCACAGACUCGAGGUUGCUCGAAAAUAUGCCCUGAGUGAUCUUCAAGAACUUACAUGCAAAGCUUUGGAAGAAGAUUAAAAUACAUUGUCAAGAAAGAAUUUUCUACUAAAUCUCCAUCACUUAAAGAAAGAUGAGUAAGUGAAUAUCUGUCUGUCGUUUGAGACAGAUCAGUGCAGAUACAGUGCUGCACGAACAACUAGACAUCUUUAAUUACCAGGGUGUCGCUCUCCAUUCUAUUGAGGUAUACUCAGGACUCAUUCAUCACCACAGCUACAGCAAGGAAGAGUUCAGUCAGCAGUGGUGGCCAUUUUAGCUUCACCUCCUUCAGUGUGACUGGGACAGAAGCUAUGGUGGCAAAUGGGUCCAGGUUAUUGGUGUGAACAGAAUGGAGUACCCAGGAUAAUACAAGCAAGGAUGAUGCAAAGCUACAUGAAUAAUCUACAAAGGUAGCUGCGUUUCAACUAACAAGAUCUCAAUGUACGUCAUAUCUGUGUGUGGCUCAAGAUUGCCACUUCACACAGUUAAUCGUAUCCUAACUAUCCUGUUUGUCACUGAAAUGAGAAAUAAAGAAUCUUAACACAA